AUGGUUGACAUUCCCGAAUUGCACCAGCCCGGACGCGAGCGCCAGGCCGACUUCCAGACCUACUUGCACCGUAUCGGUCGUACCGGACGUUUCGGCCGUGUGGGAGUCUCGAUUUCGUUCGUGUCGAACCGCGACGAGUGGAACAUGCUUAACCAGAUCCAGAGAUACUUCAACACGGACAUCCAGCGGAUCGACACCAACGACUGGGACGAGGUGGAGGACAUCAUCAAGAAGACCAUUAAGAACACCCGUGCCCAAGCCGGUUUUGGGCGGUGA